CAAUCGCCAACAAUAAAUGACCCGACAGAGAAGUUGAUCGGCCACCUAAAGUCGGCGGCGACAGAAGAAUACAGAACGUGUUGGACCGGGAAACAAGGUCGUGUGGUCCCACCGAUUGGGAAACAGUCGGCAAAGGCAGUCGGCGUCGGCGCCACGAUUAGGUUUUCCACUCACCGGCAACCCACAAAUACACACGUAGCGGGAUCUACUCAUAUUUUUGAACAAAGCACAACCACUUUAUUCACAAUCAGAGCCUUUCCCUUACCUUUUUUGUUUCUCUCGUCGGCACGAAAGAAGCCAUGCGACCAGCGUUUCCCAAGAAAACGUCACCAUGGUUCUGGCUGCUCCUCAAGCUCUCCGUCGUCCUUUCGUUGACGUGCAUUGUUCUAUUCGCAAGCUCUCCCAACGCGAUGAAAAUCAUUGUCUACGACGAUCCGUCGCACACUCGGUCAUCCUCCACAACACUGCCUACUCCCGAUUCCGAUGAAUCGGAUUCACCACACCCCGGUCACUUUUCGACGUUGCUCGCCAACGUCAACAACAGUCUCCUGCACUCGGUACAGCAACAGUGUACCGACUCGCAGCGACAGACUAUUCGUUCCCAGCUCCCACCCCAAGCCUGCGAAGAAGACAAAGGAAAAUACGGGGGGCGUCGGUGCUCUUUCUCACUGGCGACUCGCUGUUCGGACGCCAUCUGGUUCGCCGAGUUUUGGAAAGAAGCCGCACAGCGGGGAGUCAACCGACCCACGGCCAUCUAUGUCGGAUGCAACAAGGGAAUGGACGCCGUCAACACGUUGCGCAUGAUCUCGGAGAAUCCCGAGUUCGACAAGUCGGUAUGGCAAAAGGAAAUCCUCAGCAACGUGCUCAGUCGGAACCAAACGAUUGUGCCAGGCGCGUGUAAUCAAGAGAAUGCCCCACAAUUCGACAUUUCCACGCUGCAGGGUACAGCCCGUACAGCUAGUGACAGUACAGCGUCGGUCUUUUGUAUUGAAGCCAUGCCACAAACGGCCAAUCAGCUGAAUCGCUCGUCACAUCAGCUUGGCUGGCAAAACUCCUUCGUGGUAACCAACGCCGCCAUAUCGUCCACCGACGGUGUCGCUUUGUUCCCCAGUGGACAAGCCGGACAAAAGAUUGGCGUGGAGCAUAUGGGCCUUGGCGAUUGUCUUCGCCAGAGUACAAAGCAUCUGUGCGCGGAAGUUCAACAGUAUACGCUCGACACAUAUUUCGACAAGUUCUUGCGCAAGGACUCGUGGAUUGACUUUUUGAGUAUAGACGUGGAGGGCUAUGACUGGGAUGUCCUUAUGAGCGCUAGCAAAGCCUUGGAACGGGUCAAGUAUCUCGAAUUCGAGUUUCACAGAGUCGGAAGCUGGCAGCAGCAUUCCUUAAAGUCGGCCAUUGAUCACUUGGAUACGAAAGGGUUUGUGUGCUAUUGGGCAGGUGCCCAUGGCCAUAUUUGGCGCAUCACUAACUGUUGGAUGGAGUACUAUAAUCGAAAAGUAUGGUCAAACGUUGCCUGUGUGGAUCCUUGGUCGGCACCGGCAUUGGCAACUCGUAUGGAACUCAUGUUCCAGGAGACCCUGGCUGCUGGGGAUCAGAUAAAGUAUGUGCCAAAAUAA